CUGCGGCGGCUGGCGGGGUCUCGGGUCGCCCGCCCCCCGGGACAAUUAGCAUGCGUGACGGCGAACACGGCGCAGCGGCGGCGCACACUGGGGGCGCUGAUCCCCUGCGCUGCUGAUCCUGAUCCCCACACGGCGCGGCGGCCCCGCACCGCACCGCGAUGAGGACCAGGCGCGAUCCCUCCGCGACCAGCCAGCGGGACGGGACGCGCCUACAAGGAGUGAUUGCCUAAUGACCGACGAGCGAUACAUGAAAGUAGCGAGACACCACCUGCCCCAGACGCAGCCCGCCGUCGCCGCCGCCGCCUCCUCCGCCUCCGCGCCCGUGCCGCCCCCACUACCAGCGGGGGCAUGUCCAGCGCCGGCCAUCGACCAGACCCAGAUGGUGGCGAUCGCCGCCGCCCCCAAAGGAAGGUCGCGGACACCGCCGUCGCUUCCGCUGUCCUCCGACUCGGGGUGCCGCAAUCGCAAACGGUCGCCUAGUCUAACGAGAUCGCGUCCGUCGAGUCCCAGCAGCACCUGCAGCGGGGGCUCGCGGCGCGCGGCCAGCCCCGGGGGCGGCGCGGGCGGCGCGGGCGGCGGGGGGCGGCGCGCGGCCAGCCCCAGCGCGCUGGACCCCGCCGUGCUGGAGGCGGUGCGCAGGCGGGUGCGCCGCGUGCAGCAGGCCAGGCUCUACCUCCUACAGCAGCCCGGCCCCAACUCGUUCCUGGUCGGCGGGGACUCCCCCGAGCACAAGUACAGGGUGGUCAUCGGGCCGCAGACCUGCAGCUGCGGCAGAGGACCCCACUGCCUACAUCUGCUCUUUGUAAUGUUGCGUGUGUUCCAAAUCCCUGAACUCGAUGCCAGAAUAUAUGCUCGAGAGCUCAAGAACUUUGAGGUGGAGAGUUUGUUCCAAAAAUAUAGGGAACGGCUGACUUUACGAGUCAACAACUCUAUGAGCUUACCUUCACAAUCCCACGAUUCUCGUAAUGAAUCUGGACCCAGUAGUAUUGGAAGCAAUGCGAGCAGUGGCUUUGGCAGCAAUAGUCCUUCAUGUGCCAAUACACAGGAUAGUCGUUUGCACACUGGAAAUGAUGUUCACUCUACCUCAAUUCUUUCAUCUAAUAAUAUUAAGAAUGAAGAAGAUCUGUGUCCUAUAUGUCUUCUUGAUAUGGUGGAUGGCGAAAGCUUAGUGACUUGCAAUACUGGCUGUAGAAAUCGACUUCAUCAUCAUUGUAUGGCAAUUUGGGCCCUAGAGUGCUCUCAUCAAGGAGAACCAGUGCUUUGCCCUCUGUGCCGACAAGUAUGGGAGGGAGAUACGGCAAUGGCUGUCCUUCCCAUGUCCCCCACCAGACCCCAUUCAUCUCAGCAUCUUUGGAGUAAUUCUCCUCAGAACUCCUCAAGCUGCAACUCUAUACACACUGCCCAUGAAAAGACUGCCUCCUAUUUAAGUGAAAUGUCUUUUGGUCCACCCUCUAUGUCGUCCAUGUCAACCCACUCUAUUAGCAGCAAUCACACACACCACAACGUGAGAGCUCACUCUGUCGCCUCAUCACCAGUAAAAUCAGGAAGAAAAAGCAUCAGCAACUGCAGCCAUCCUUCCAGGGCAAGCUAUGAGAGGCGAGGGAGCACAGGCAAUGGCAUGUCAGCAUCAUCUCAGACUACCCAUCGCUCCAUGCAGCCAUCCCUUUCCUCUUCAUCUGUUUGUUCCUGUUUAACUGAAGAUGUCACUCUGCCACACACUGAGGCUAUUCCUCCUGAACAACUAGGUAUUGCUGGAGAAUGGAUCAAGGUGUUUGGUGUGGACCUUAUAUGUUGUCUCUAUUCAAGAGAUUGGAAAGCACGAGAAAUAGCCUUCCGGCGUCUUAAAAGUGAUGUUUCUGUUGCACACUUAUCUGACAAUGAAGAAUACCAGCAACGUGUCUUGUCAUGCUGUGCUAGAAUAAUGGCUGUUUUUGCAGCAGACCCAGUCUAUAAAGUGUAUGAAGCAUGGGUGCGGUGUCUUCAAGUAAUGCUUAAUCAUGCAAGAUGUCGUGGAGCAAGUGGUGAUGCUGAUGAGCUACAACGAUUAGUACGACCUAUUGUCAGAGCUUUAUUGUUAAAAUGUGCUGACUGCAAUAGGAGGACAUCUCAACUAAGUAUAGAUGUCUUGCUGGAAUUAGCAAAAGGUCAAGAAGGAGACCUUGCCAUAGGCUCACAAUUAAGCUCAUCAUAUUCAAUGGACGAAGGGCGUAAUCUUAAUCUGGUCCUUAGCUGCAUUUUAGAAGAAGGUGUAGGUGAGGUAUCAAGCAGCAACUGGCAGUCAUUGGCAGGAAGGCUUGUCAUGCUAGAACGCCUUCUUCACACUUUCCAAAGCGACUUCACAUCUCCUCACCCUAGCCAUUCACCAAUAUUGGGUACUGGUGGUCAAAGGCUAGUCAGUAUGCUAGAAUUUUGUGCAAAUGCACUCCGUAGUCCUCAUGUAACUGUCAACAGAUUAGCAAGACUUCUAUUUGUUAGCCUUAUUAAUAUCGCAAUGGAUGUAUCAUACCCAAUGCCUAUUCAGAGAGCAUGUCAGUUAAUCAACACAUUAGAACCUACAUUGCAAGCAAGGCUUCGUAAAAUGCUACAACAACCUGCUGCACAAUCUCCUGUCUGUGAUGCAGGCAAAAAAGAUGCAACUCCCACAACUACUCCACAAAUGGCCCGAAAAGCACCACCACUGAAGUCUGAUGUCUCUCCAGCAAGAUCAAACUCGUUCCAAGGAAAUUCUCCAUCACUUCCUCCAAAACCAUUACGGCUAGCACCAACUCCAACCUCUCCUCCUAGACCCAAAGAUUUGGAUCUUAGCAGAACCAGAACUCGGCGGCCUGUCAAAUUUCAACAUUUGCCUGGCAUUGGAGUAUCAUCAAGUGCACAUAGUCCUACACCACCUUUGUUAAGCGGUGUUAGUCAUAAACGUUCAGGCCCUACACAAACACCCUCAGCCUCAGGAUCUCGAUUGGUCAAUUUAUUUAGGAAGAAUAGCAAAACUGAUGACAUAUCCCUUCUACCAACUAAGCCAGCAUGUAUAGUUGGAUCCCCUGCCUCUGAAGUUGCAGUAGCACCUUCUCUAGAACGUCGUCUACUGGAGGAUUGUUGCCCUGAAGCUAACUUGUGGGCAAAGCCUUCAAAAGCGGCCACACCGUCAGCUCCAAAUUGUACACCUGUGAAAGGAACUUUGGAAGCAAAUCCCAGCAUUGUUUUGUACCACCCGCCAGCAGAAAAAAGUCUUGUAGAUAAAGAACAGGAUGAAGAAAUUGUUGUGCCAUUGAUCUUUGAUAAUUCUGAUUACUUUGACAGCAGUGGUGGUACACAAUAUAGAGACUUGCAUUCCGCAUUCUUCCCUCAUGAAAAGAAUAUGGAGGGAUUGAACAAAAAAGAGAACAAUGUUGUGGAGUAUAGUGACCAAUAUAGAGAAGGAGAUGAUUGGGUAAGAGGACCUAUCCUAGGAAGAGGUGCAUUCAGUUCCUGUUAUCAAGCAUGGGAUAUAACAAGUGGGACUCUUAUGGCAGUUAAACAGGUGUCAUUUUGUCGCAAUUCUGUUGAAGAGCAGGACAGAGUUGAAAAUACUGUACGGCAGGAACUGGAAGUCCUGAAGACCUUACGUCAUGAAAACAUUGUACGAAUGAUUGGGGCUACAAAGCAAUCUACACAUUUUAGCAUGUUUGUUGAAUGGAUGGCUGGUGGAUCUGUAUCUGGUCUUCUUGAGAGAUAUGGAGCAUUUAGUGAACGAGUCAUUUUAAAUUACACCCAACAAGUCCUCAAUGGUUUGAGCUACUUGCACCACAAGCACAUUUUGCAUCGCGACCUUAAAGGUGCAAAUCUUCUUGUGGAUAGUACAGGUAAACACCUCAGAAUUGGAGAUUUGGGUACGGCAGCUCAACUGCAAGCAGCACGUACUCUCUCUGGAGAAUUUCAAGGGCAACUUUUAGGUACUAUUGCCUUUAUGGCCCCAGAAGUUCUGCGAGGUGAAGACUAUGGACGCUCAUGUGACAUUUGGAGUGUUGGGUGCUGUAUGAUAGAGAUGGCAACAACGAGACCUCCCUGGAGAGAAAGCAAUGCAUCAAAUCACCUUGCUCUUAUGUACAAGAUUGCAUGUAGUAGAGAUCCUCCUCGUAUGCCUGAUUCUCUUCAAGGAGCUGCAAGACAACUUGCCCUUGACUGUCUCCAAGUUCAUUCUGACUUGCGUCCUUCAGCCAAGAUGCUCCUUCAGUCCUAUUCAUUCACCCCAACACCUGCCUCUACUACUAACAAUGACAAUAGUGAAAGCAAUUAUGACAGUGGUUUCUACUGUUGGGAAACAUGUCCGGAAGAUGUUGAUUAUAGCUCUUCAAGGUUUAAUGUAGAGGGAUCAACAGCUCUGUUCUCAGCUGUACAAGCAAUUUAAUUUUUUUUUGGCAAAAUUUUAACUAUAUUGACUGUACCUGAAUGAUUGGCACGAAGCUCAUUUCAAUGGUUUUAAUUUAAUAAAUGACUAAGAAUAGUGUCAGGUAUGGUUUGACUGGAAGUUGUUUGAAAAUAAUGUUGCAAUACAGCAGCACCUGCCAUUAUCUUCUAUUGCAAUUCUAGUGAUAAAACAUAUUGGUUUUGGUUUCCUACAAAAAUAGUAGGUAGUACAUUUUUUGCAUAUGCAUUGAGUACUUAUGGCUUUGAAAAAAUUUCUCUGUCUGUUGCUUUCAAGUCUUCUACCAAUUUAAAUUAAGCCUUUCAAUGGAGUUGUAGGAAUCUCAAACACUUCUCGAUUUCACAAAACUUUGAUAAUGUCGAACACAUUUAUGCUGCACAGCUGAAAUGAUCAUAUGAAACAAGUGUAGAAAAGUUUUGAAGUCAUACAUACCAAAGCCAGUCAUGCCCAGGCCUACUGGAAUAGUAGUACAAUUUAAGAUGUACAUUACUUGAAAAAGUUUAUUUAUUAGAAGAUCUGGUUUCUGUAGCAGUAUUUUUUAAUUCUGUUUUUAUAAAGUCAGAAUGCAUGGAAGUCCAAACAUCAGAAAUAUUUUUCACUUCCAAACAGCUCUGAUGUUAUGACUGAUAACAUGUUGUAGAUUAAGAUGUUUUAAGUUCUUUGUCAUUUUGAUUAUUUAUAUCAAAAUUGGCACAGAGCUUGAAAGCCCUCUAUUUUAUGUACCUCAAUUUUGAGGUGAUUCUAAAUCAAAAAAAAAAAAAAUAUCUUAUUUUAGUUAAGAGUAUUUUCAUAUUGCCACAAUCUGAUUUAAUGUAGGCUUAUAGAUGUCUGUAUUUAAAACACUUAGUCAAUUCAAUUUACACCUCACUGACGUUGAAAGAAAAUGGUAACUCUAAAGUCUAUGUUGAAGAGUUUGUGCUUCUUUCCAUCUCAAGACUUAAGUCAUUAUAAUUUCUUUGUCCUUUUUGCUCAUUUGAGAUUUUUCUUUGAUCUCAUACAUUGUGAAUGGUAUCUUCCCGUGGUUAAAGAUUCAUGUCUGAUAGCCCUUUCAUUACAGAGUUCUUCUGAUUACAGUGUUUUAGCCUUUUUAGCAAACAUGAAUGAAUUCCUAGUCUGAGUUUGAAAAUCAUGAUGUUUGCAAAUUGCUUUGCAAUUUCUCUUAAGAUUGUGUAUAAUCUUAUAACUUUUGACUUUCUUUGAUUUUUCUUCAAACUGAAAUAGAACUGUGCAUCACUGUGUAUUUAUAAAGAAAAGCAAAAUCAUGUAGUAUCAACUGUACAUGUUUUGCAAAAGAAAUGUUUUGUGUAGGUUUUACAGUGAUUUUUAUUUUUUUGGAUCUGAAAACUUGUAAAUACUGCGAGUUUGUUUUUUUAAUGUUCAUAAUUUCAUCAAAUUGUUUUUGUGCAAGAAGUUUUAACAAGUUUGUUGUGUGGUGUGGAUGACAUCUAUGAGCGUUAAGGCAGGACUAACAGUCACAUAAUAAUAUUUAGAAGAACUAACAGUAAUACUUUGUUCAUAUAGUCCUGUGUGCCUUUUCACUGAGGAACCAUCUUGUAGCUGGUCAGCAUUCAUCUAUCUAAACUUAGAUAUUUUUAUCCUCAGCUUACAAAUAUGUCAUCCAAUGGUCUGGCAAUCAGUUUGAGUGUCUAUCAUGACAGUAUUAGGAACCUCCAUUUUAAUUUACUUUUUCUUCUGACAUGGACUAUGAGUUGAAUUUCAGGUGGCAUGUUUACGGGUAGCUAUUAUUUAUCUAUUGGCAAAUUUUGAGUGUUUGUUUAACUACUCUUAAACUGUCUUUUUUUAACAAUUCCAACAAACAAAUUCUUAUUUUUGAAGUAUUUUAUAAAAAUUUGUCAAGGCUUGUUCCUUUUGCUUACUUAAUUGAAUCAUUAUGCUUCUAAUCUCAAUUUCUAUCUCAGUUAUUGAAGAUUUUUUGUUCAUUAAAAUUGAGAUAUAAAGUGAGGUCCGUUUAUUCUACACCUACUACAUCUAUAUGUACGUGUCUUAUCAACUAGUGUUAGGUUCUUACUUAACUUCUGAGGGGUACAAGGGCCAAGGCUGUCUCCUUCUGCCCCUUAAAAAAUGGAAUGUUGUGCUAGCCUUUAAAAUUUUAGAUACUGAAAUCUUUGAACUUCAGCCCUCUCUCAUUCAUUGCAUAUUUCAGAUGUCUUGUCGUAAAAUUUAAAAGAUUCAAAAAAAUGUUUACAGUGUACUCAAUUAUGUUUGAUGUAAGCCAUAAAAUUUAUAGGAUCUAUUCUUUAUUAAAUUUUGUACGAUGAUGUAGUUAUAACAAAUUGUUCUAAAUAAAAGUACUUAUGUAAAGUA